GGGAGAGAUAGAAACAUCCAUGAUGAGAGAGAAUCAUGGAUCGGCUGCCUCCUGCAAGUCUCCCACAGGGGAUCAAGCCCACAACCCGGGCAUGUGCCUUUGACCGGAAUCGAACCUGGGACCUUUCAGUUUGCAGGCUGACGCUUUAUCCACUGAGCCAAACCAGCUAGGGCUAAGCAUUAGAUAUUUAUUAAGAAUUUGCAAAUAUGCAGCAUCUACUAGAAUUCAGGGAGAAAAAAAUACUUUUAAAAAGUUACAGUCACUAUUUUAAAAUUGCAAAUGAUUUUAUAAGGGAGAUUUGUAUAAACUUGCAUACAAAUAUCCAAAGUAAAGGUUGAUAAAUAGCACUAGCUUAGCCUGGUAGUAUGCUGUGAGAUUUAAUAAGAGGGAGAUAUUUGUAUAACCAGAGUAGCUGUUUUCAUGUCAUAUUAUAACUAAGUUGACUGACCCCAUAAGAAUUUUGUGGAAAUACAUUCAUUUCCUUGAAUUGCUAUGUUCCCUGCAGUUUUCAUUUGCAUUAUCAUAAAUCCAAAGUAUGACCAGUGGAUGGAGCAUGAUGAUUCUGUAGCUGUUUGGAGAACAUUGCAGGAAAUAGGACAGGUGCAGAAACAUAACAAACCCAUCCGUCAAGAAGGGCUGUAAAGAAGCAUCACUUAUACAGAGGACAUAUCCAUGUGACUUUUAGUUCUUUUCCAGAGGUGAAGUUUAAGCAAAAACCUUCUUGAAGAGGGAAAGUGAGCUCUAUGGCUGUCUGGUGGAAGAGCGUUCCAGAAAGAGCAUACAGAGCUUCCAAGGGAACAUGCCUGGACUCUACUAGUCCAAGAGAAGAACCUAGAGAAAUCUGAGUAGAUCGGGUAGUUCUAAAAGCGAUGGCCCAGGGAUUGGUGACAUUCAGGGAUGUGGAAAUAGAGUUCUCUCAGGAAGAAUGGAAGUAUCUGGAACCUGCCCAGAGGGACUUGUACAGGGAUGUGACUUUGGAGAACUUUGGUAACUUGGUCUCACUAGGACUUUCCAUUUCUAAGCCUGAUAUCAUCUCCUUAUUGGAGCGAGGGAAAGAACCCUGGAUGAUUGCAAAUGAUAUAACAGGACCAAGGUGCACAGACUUGGAGUCCAGGUGUGAGAAAUUUCCACAAGAAGAUAUUUUUGAAGUAGAGACAUUCAAUUGGGAGCUAAUGGAAAGCCUUAAAUGCUGUGGUUUUGAGAGCUCUAGUUUUAGAGAAGACUGGGAAUACAAACGCCAAUUUGAAAGACAACAAGUAAACCAGGAAUGCUAUUUCAAGCAAGUAAAAAUCACAUAUGAAAACAUACCCACUUUUGAACAUCAUGCAUCCCUCACUCUACAUCAGAGCAAUGAGACUGAAAAGAAACUGAUUGAAUGUAAUGAAUGUGGGAAAGCAUUUAGCCGUGGCUCACACCUUAUUCAACAUCAGAAAACUCAUUCUGGUGAAAAGCCCUUUGAAUGUAAGGAAUGUGGAAAGGCCUUUAGUCGAGCCUCACACCUUGUUCAGCAUCAAAGAAUCCAUACAGGUGAGAAACCUUAUGACUGUAAGGAAUGUGGGAAGGCCUUUGGUCGUACUUCAGAACUUACUCUACAUCAGAGACUUCAUACUGGUGUCAAGCCCUAUGAAUGUAAACAAUGUGGAAAGACCUUUAGACAGCAUUCACAACUUAUUCUGCAUCAAAGAACCCAUACAGGUGAGAAACCUUAUGUAUGUAAAGACUGUGGGAAGGCUUUUAUUCGUGGCUCACAACUUACUGUUCAUCGGAGAAUACAUACAGGUGCUAGACCCUAUCAGUGUAAAGAAUGUGGGAAGGCCUUUAGACAGCAUUCACAACUUACUGUACAUCAGAGAAUUCACACGGGGGAGAAACCCUAUGAAUGUAAGGAAUGUGGAAAGGGCUUUAUUCAUAGCUCAGAAGUUACUCGACAUCAAAGAAUUCAUUCUGGGGAGAAACCUUAUGAAUGUAAAGAAUGUGGAAAGGCCUUUAGACAGCAUGCACAGCUUACUCGACAUCAGAGAGUUCAUACUGGUGACAGACCCUAUGAGUGUAAGGACUGUGGGAAGGCCUUUAGUCGUAGUUCAUACCUUAUUCAACAUCAAAGAAUCCAUACAGGUGACAAGCCCUACAAAUGUAAGGAAUGUGGGAAAGCCUUUAUUCGUGUUUCACAACUGACACAUCAUCAGCGAAUCCAUACUUGUGAGAAACCCUAUCAAUGUAGGGAAUGUGGAAUGGCCUUUAUUCGCAGUUCACAACUUACUGAACAUCAGAGAAUUCAUCCUGGUAUCAAGCCUUACGAAUGUAGAGAAUGUGGACAGGCCUUUAUUCUUGGUGCACAUCUCAUUGAACACUAUAGAACCCAUACUGGUUAGAAAGCUCUUAAUAUUAGGGAUGCAGGAAAGCCUUUAAUGGAGUUCACACCUGACUUAAUAUUAGAUAAUGCCUAAUGUAGUAUAAUAUCAGAAAACCUUCAUUUGUCACUUCCAUUGUGGAACAUCAGACAACUCAUACCAGAAGAAAAGUCAAUAAACGUGGGAAUUCUUUUUGCCUCAAAAUCACUGUUUACUAUAUAUCAGAGGACUUAUGGUGAAAAAAUAUUAAUAUGAAUGUAAAGUCCUCUCUUACCACUCAAAAUGUAUCAACCUUCUGAGAAUUCCUAAGAGAAAAUAACCCAAUUAAAAUAUUUUGUGAAUGUGCCUUUUGCUGUAGCAUAUACCUUACUUAGCAUUAUCUCAUUUCUACCAGUUACUGAUGGUAUAUCAUUGGGUAAAUUAUGCAAUCUCUCUGUUCCUCAGUUUACUUGUUUUUAAGCAAUGGUAAUUAUACCUACCUAAUAGAGUUUUUGUGAGGACUGUCCGAUAUUUUAAAUAAAGCCUGUGUUGAAUAAA